CUCUAGCUUCGAGUUUGCAGGCGUCUAUAAAAGCGCUCUCACGACGCAUCGACGUCACAAGCCGGUUGUACAUUGCACAGUAAAGAACCCUUGGAUCAUAUUAUAUUCAAUUCUAAUCAAUGAACCCUAUUUAAUGAAUCAAAAAAUUUCUUUCUAAUCAGUGAUCCUUUGAGAAACAGCAACAAAAAAAAAAAAGAAAGAGGGAAAAAGAAGAAAAAUUUUUCGUUAAAACUAUAAGAAGAAAGGUAUCAUAGAAGAGUGAGAAGAGAAGAAAGAAGAAGAAGAAGAAGACGUUCACUUUAUUUAAAAAAGUGGUAUUCAGGGUUUGAUAUAUCUUAUCGUUUCGCGAGUUAUAAAAACGAUUUGUUAAAUAAACUUUUGCCUAAAAAAAAAAAACAUUUAAACUUUCUUUAUUUGUGGUCUCUUUUUUCCACAAAAGUUUUCAAAAGUUGUCAAGUGCGUGAGAAGAGUUAUAAGAACAGGGGUAAAAAGAAUUAAAAGACAAGUAAGUGAAGAUUUUUAUAAACCACCCUCUCACUGACAUUAUCAAGUUUUUAAUCGACAGAAGAAUUAGAAAAACGAAAUAGACGUAUCACAGUAACCGAACACAUGAUGAUUCUAAUUGGUGUAAUAGCAACAACCACCUUGAUUAGUUUUACACGUUGUACGCCACUUUCCUACACAACCUUUCGAAGAAGAGAUCUUCCAGUUUUGGAUCGUCCCGAAUUAGUGCUUCUUUUCGACACACGAGAUUCUAUAUUGGAGAAUGAAAUGUUUGGCUCGGGUAAUGAUCCAAGAUCAACGGUAACACGUAGCAAGAGAAUUGGAUCAUUAUCAAUCAACAAUUCCGUGGAUGUAUUAAGGCAACGGGUUUUAUUGGAAUUGGCGCGCAGAAAGGCAAUGCAAGAUCAAUAUCAAAUUGAUGAGAAUCGACGUAUGAUGCAGACAAUUGGAAAACGUUCGAGUUCCGAUUUUGUGACAAGAUAUCCUAACAGUGCUAACAAUAAGCCAUCAAGCAAUAGUGGAAUUUAUGUAAUUGAAGACAGGCCAAACGAUCGAGAUCCAAAUAAAUCAAAUGUUCGAAUUUCCGACAGAACACAUGUCUGGCUAGAAGGGAAUGAUCACGAUCAGGAUCAAGCGCAUAGGGUACAGACGAAUGAAGUUCAUCUCUUAUAAAAACCCAGCGCUAAAGAAAAAAAAUCAGCUUUUCCGUCUACGAUUUUCCGUUGCGAAAAAUAAUCGACGGAUUCUUUGCUGCUUAAACUUCAAUCUUGAAAUUUAAGUUUUCCAAACUGAUUUUACAAUUUAUUUCCAAUGGAUUUCUUUACAUAUCCAAACAAUUAAUUUUGAAAAAAAAUAACAAACAAGCGAUCAUUCUUUAAUAUAUUUUGCUAUAUUUGCGAAAUAACGAAGCAGUAUUAUACUUUGUGAUUUUUUUCUACACACUGACGGUUUUUUUUAAAUAAUUUUUUUUGUACUAUUUCCCGUUUUUCUUUUUUUUUGCAAUAACUAUAUAGAAAGUUUAUUUAUUUUUUUGAGCUUGACCAUCAAAAUAUAAGAAAAUAAACGAAGCAGUUUUCUAAUUCUCUAAAACUAUACAAGAUUUGUCAUCAUCACUUUGAAACCGUAGUCAAUCUACUAUAUCUUUUUUUUUUUUUUUUUUGAAAAAAAUAAAAUGUGUGACUCAAUAUAUAAGAUCAUAUUGAUUUAUUCAAUUUAUUAAGAAUUAAGAGAAAAAAAAAUAAAAAAAGAAAUUAAAAAGAAUAUAAAAUCAAAAUUUAUUUAAAGAUUAAAAUUUAAUUUAAAAUUGUGAGUCGACUGCGACUAUAUAUGAUUGGUUCUCGAAUUAAUAUUAUAUAAUGAUGAAAUGUAUUUUAUUCAUCGCUACAGAAUUCUGAAAAAUCACACUUUUGAAAAAUUAGCGUCAAUGUUCUGAAAUAAUGUACGUACUAACUCCAGAUACAUCGAUGUUAUACAUAUAGAGAUGAUAGGACACAGAAAGUACGAUAUUUUCUGUAUAUGAAAAAAAAAAAAAAAAAAAAAAUUCUCUCGCAGUGGAGGAAAACUCGUUUUUAGAUGAUGUGUGUGAAUAAUCUAAUCGAAUAGUUUGUAUUCACUGUAGAUAUUUGUACCAUACCACUGCUUAUUCUCUUUUGUUUUUACUUUUUUUUACAAAAAAAAAUCCAUCAAUUAUUUAUUUAUUUAUUAAAUAUCUAUAUAUAUAUAUAAAUAUAUUUAUUUAUUGACGUAUGUAGUGUAUAGUAUAUUUAUUUCUAGUUGUCAAGCAUUUCUUGUUGAACAACACAAAAUUCAUUAGCGACCAAUAAAUUUCGUUUCGAAAAGAA